CUCACUCCCAACUGUUUCAACAACUUUAAAAAAUUGAAUCAAAUCCAAACGCCCUUUACUGAUUCAAACUCACCAUUUUUCUCCUCUUCGUCUUCUUCAUCAAGAUUUCUCUUUAAGGGUUUAAAUCUAGUUCUUGUUCUUUCGUCUCUCUGAGAUUACUUGUGUUGCUUUUUCUUACUAUAAUCUUCAUGUCAAGAAUGAUGCUGAGAUCAAAUGGGAAACCUCCUCUCGCAAGAUCUCCAAUUCGGCUCCGGCCCCGCCGUAAACCCCUUCAGCCAACAGCCACUAACACCACCCACACUCCACCAGGCUCAUUGACAAAAUCCCAGUUGCCCAACCGCAAUUGGGAUGUGGAAAACUCCGGGCUUCGGCCUGAAUACCACACCAUAUCCUGCGAACUGAGAGCCCUGGCGAAGAUGGUGCAGCAAGAGCUCGGAAACAAGGACGAAACCACCUUGGACGGUGGUGCUUCAGCCGCUCAGCGGAGCCCUUUAUUCGAGAGAGGCAGAUUCUAUGAUGAGUACUCAGCCAGAAGGAACGAAAGGCUGAAGAGAAAGAAAGGCGAAACGGAGAAGAAGUCUGGCUAUGAUCUUGGAGUUAGGGUUGAGUCAGCAAUGAAGGUGGACGGCCGGAGGAAGGCUGCAGUGGAUAGGAGGGAGGCCCGGACUCCGCGGUACUCAUUGAGGAGUGGGGCUAGGAAGGAGAACCAGAAGCCGCCGGUGAUGCCUAUAGCUAUAAGUAGCGUGGAGAAGUCUGUUGGUGUGGUCACUGAGAGGAAAGUUGGCGUUAGAAGCAUUAGGAAGAAGUAAUUAUAUGUGAUUUCUUCUGAGAAAUGUGUAGGGUUUGCUGUUUAGGUUUUUGGUGUUGGGGAGUAUUAGAAACUAAAACAAUGAAGUUAGCAGUAUUUGUGUGGUUGAGGCUAUUAUGGAUGAUAGCCUACAUACAUAUCAUACACGUUCUAAUUGUGUUUUCCAGUAAUGAUUCUGGCUUGCGUUUGAUUAUGAAUUACUGGGUCAUUGUAAAAUAUUAGCUAUGAUGAUUGCAAUUGCUCAUACCAAAUAGUGGGAAAGUUGUAAUGUACAUUACUUCACACA